AAAAGCGUUAAGCCAAUCGAGAGAUUGCGAACCGCGCAGAGUUCGUCGAUCGAUCGAUCCAUUUGCUGAAGAACUUUAGAGAUCCAUCAAUCAAUCUAUUCAGGAAUCAAUUUCUGAAGAUGUUUUUGUUUGAUUGGUUCUAUGGAAUGCUCGCAUCGCUUGGCCUGUGGCAGAAGGAGGCGAAGAUCCUUUUUCUAGGGCUUGAUAAUGCCGGGAAAACCACUCUCCUUCACAUGCUCAAAGAUGAGAGAUUGGUGCAGCACCAGCCAACUCAGCAUCCAACUUCGGAAGAGCUGAGUAUUGGGAAAAUCAAGUUCAAGGCUUUUGAUUUGGGAGGACAUCAGAUUGCACGCAGAGUGUGGAAAGAUUAUUAUGCUAAGGUGGAUGCGGUCGUUUACUUAGUUGAUGCUUACGACAAGGAGAGAUUUGCAGAGUCGAAGAAAGAGCUCGAUGCUCUAUUGUCAGACGAGUCCUUGGCUAAUGUCCCGUUCUUGAUAUUGGGCAACAAGAUUGAUAUCCCUUAUGCUGCCUCGGAGGAUGAGCUGCGUUACAACUUGGGCCUGACGGGCCUAACUACGGGCAAGGGAAAGGUUAACUUGGCCGACUCGAAUGUUCGCCCGAUUGAGGUUUUUAUGUGUAGCAUUGUUCGCAAGAUGGGCUAUGGUGAUGGAUUCAAAUGGGUCUCUCAGUAUAUCAAGUAAUAACUAAUAAUCGGGGUUUACAUGUCGUCUUUCCCUCUUCUUNNGUUUUUUUUACACUUUUGAGUAUUCUCUGUGAGAUUAUGGUUUAUUUUCCAUAUUUGUUGUCUGGAUUCAUACAAUAGCUAACUGAAAAUUUUGCCUUUUUACUGCUGUUUUUGAACUUUAUUUGUUGUCAUGUAGUGCUUAUCGACAUUUCCGAAGUCGGGUAUUUGUUAUGUUAGUAAACUCAUUUUCAUUAUUUUGU